AGAUUUUGGUGGAGCCAGGAGCGAUGCUAAGGUAAACCUGCGCCACUGCCGUUGGACUUGAGGAGCAAACAAGGGACUUGAGGAGCAAGCAGGGGUUCUUUGCGUUGGUUUCGGAAUAGUGUGGCCAGUUCCUGCCCGAAGCACGUUUGAAAGCUGAGAAAUCCCGGGACCAUGUACGAGAUCAAGUUCAUGUUUGCUGACGCGAAGACGAUGGAGGAUAGUUUCGAGUCAGGUUGUUCGAUUCAGUCCGCAAAGGCGAAACUUGUGUCGAAGUGGCCGGCAGAUCGCGACCCCGUCAGCGGCCCAGAUGACCUGAAACUCAUCUAUAACGGAAAGAUCCUGGAGAACAACAAGACUUUCGAAGAUUACAAAGUCCCUCUCAACAACCAGAUCAUCAUGCACAUCCAGCCGAGGCUGGCUGCUGUCAACAAGACACCCGCCAGCACUUCGCAAGAACAUGUGAACAAGUGCUGCAUCAUCUGCUGAAAUUUUUCCUGGGGAUCGAGACAUCAUGUUAGACACCUCUGACAUGCUGUCGACUACGAUUCACAUGCUUUGAAUCCUUCCCCCCGUCCUCUCUCCUCUCCCCACAUCGACACCACCCUGCAGACUAAUUAUGCUGUACAACUCGUAGACGACUCAGAUCCUGUUUGCAGCUUUUGAUUUCUAUUUCGUAAAUGUCAUGUCCU